CAAGCCUUUCCCGCGAACCGGGUGUCGCUGGGCUGCACCCCGAGCGGGGACGUCCGCCGGGCACGGGAGGGGGCCACGAUGCCGAUCAAUAAAUCAGAGAAGCCAGAAAGCUGCGAUAAUGUGAAGGUGGUUGUUAGGUGUCGGCCCCUCAAUGAGAGAGAGAAAUCCAUGUGCUACAGACAGGCCGUCAGCGUGGAUGAGAUGAGGGGGACCAUCACCGUGCAUAAGACCGACUCUUCCAAUGAGCCUCCAAAGACAUUUACUUUUGAUACUGUUUUUGGGCCAGAAAGUAAACAACUUGACGUUUAUAACUUAACUGCAAGACCUAUUAUUGAUUCUGUUCUUGAAGGCUACAAUGGGACUAUUUUUGCAUAUGGACAAACUGGAACAGGCAAAACUUUUACCAUGGAAGGUGUUCGAGCUGUUCCUGAACUUAGAGGAAUAAUUCCCAAUUCGUUUGCUCACAUAUUUGGUCAUAUUGCAAAAGCAGAGGGUGAUACGAGAUUUUUGGUUCGAGUGUCUUAUUUGGAAAUAUAUAACGAAGAAGUUCGUGACCUUUUGGGCAAGGAUCAGACACAGAGGUUAGAGGUAAGGACAAUGGAAAUUGGAAUACUUUCCAAAGCACAGAAUGUUUACUGUUCUGUUGGUGCAACUAACAUGAACGAACAUAGUUCCCGCUCUCAUGCCAUCUUUACCAUCACCAUAGAGUGCAGUGAAAAGGGUGUGGAUGGCAACAUGCACGUCAGGAUGGGGAAACUCCACCUUGUAGAUCUUGCUGGUUCAGAAAGACAAGCAAAAACCGGAGCUACUGGACAGCGCCUAAAGGAAGCUACAAAAAUCAAUCUUUCUCUUUCUACCCUUGGUAAUGUAAUUUCUGCCUUGGUUGAUGGAAAAAGCACUCACGUACCUUAUCGUAAUUCUAAAUUGACACGUCUUCUUCAGGACUCCUUAGGAGGAAAUUCAAAAACCAUGAUGUGUGCAAAUAUUGGGCCAGCAGAUUACAAUUAUGACGAAACUAUCAGUACGUUACGGUAUGCCAACCGUGCUAAGAAUAUUAAAAAUAAAGCUAGAAUUAAUGAAGAUCCAAAGGAUGCUCUGCUUCGUCAGUUUCAGAAAGAAAUAGAAGAACUGAAAAAGAAGCUUGAAGAAGGAGAAGAAAUAUCAGGCUCUGAUAUCAGUGGGUCAGAGGAAGAUGAUGAUGAAGAGGGUGAGAUUGGAGAAGAUGGAGAGAAAAGGAAAAAAAGAAGGGGUAAACAAGAACAUCAGUCUUUGCUAGAAAAAUUAUCUGCUCUGGAGAAGAAGGUAAUUGUUGGUGGUGUCGAUUUGUUGGCCAAAGCUGAAGAACAAGAGAAACUUCUUGAAGAAUCUAAUAUGGAACUGGAAGAAAGAAGGAAAAGAGCAGAGCAACUUCGCAGAGAACUUGAGGAAAAAGAACAAGAACGCUUAGAUAUUGAAGAAAAAUAUACCAGUUUGCAAGAGGAGGCACAGGGAAAGACCAAGAAAUUAAAGAAAGUUUGGACUAUGCUUAUGGCUGCCAAGUCAGAGAUGGCUGAUCUCCAACAAGAACAUCAGAGGGAAAUUGAAGGCCUUCUGGAGAACAUUCGGCAACUUAGCCGGGAGCUUCGACUUCAGAUGCUUAUUAUUGAUAACUUUAUACCUAAGGAUUAUCAGGAAAUGAUUGAAAACUAUGUCCAUUGGAAUGAAGACAUAGGAGAAUGGCAGCUAAAAUGUGUUGCAUAUACAGGAAAUAACAUGAGGAAACAAACCCCAGUACCUGAUAAAAAGGAGAAAGAUCCCUUUGAAGUGGACCUUUCCCACGUGUAUCUCGCUUAUACUGAGGAGAGUCUGCGCCAGUCUUUGAUGAAAUUAGAGAGGCCACGGACUUCCAAGGGGAAAGCAAGGCCAAAGACAGGGAGAAGGUAA